AACAAAGAACAGUAAAAUCACAACAAACCCCUUAAUAAAGAGAACAACACAAUGAAAUACACAAAGAGAGCAACGCAUACUCACACAACGAAAAGUCACAAAAGAAAACGUCAACAGAAUGACACUAGCAAAAGGGAUAUGUCAAAAAUCACUAUCAGACAAUUUUUUUUCUCAUUAGUCGACAAAAUUUUCUAGUAAACGGACGUGAAUCGGGGUCGCGAAAAAAGUGUUUAUUGGUAGAAAAAAAAUAAAUAUACAUAUAGAAAAAAAUUAAUAAGCCAAGCAAAUUAAUUUCAUAGCAAGAAACAAAAAAAAAGAAAUUAACAUAAUGUAAUUUUACAACAAUAACGAGAAAAAUCUAUAAGCAAAAAAAGUGGAAAUAAGAAAAUAAUUAAAUGAAUUUCAUAAAAUAUUUCCAUAAAGAUUUUCAAAUCAUUUAACAUUCUUUGAGAGAUAAGCAGUGCAAAAAACCAAAUAAAUAAAACCCCUCCAGAGGGAGUUUUGAAACAAAAUCUUUAAGAGCUUUUAAAGCUCCAAAGAACAGCUGUGAGAAAGAAGUCUUAAAGGGGAAAACGCCAACAUGAAUGUAAUGCGUAAAUUACGUGGCACGGGUAGUGCACCAGCUGGUAAUGGUAGUGCGGGCACCAACAACAUCCCAGGUACACACAAUGCCAAUGGAGGCUCUUCACUGCCCACCGGUGGCAGUGAGGAUGCCAUGAUGGAUGCUCGUGUACAAAUAAGUUUGCAAACAUUGAAAAAACUAUUCAAUGAAUAUACCCAUCCCAAGGAGCCAUUAAGCGAGCAAGAACGAGACACGAAACUGUAUCAAAUGUUGCCAUUAUUUUGCAAGGUUUUCAGUGCUUGUCCUGCUUCUGAUAUGAGUGAAAAAUUUUGGGAUGUUGUUGCCUUUUGCCAGCAAGUCUCACGUCUCAUGGUUAGCGAAAUACGUAAACGUGCCUCCAAUCAAAGUACAGAGGCAGCAUCGAUAGCAAUUGUUAAGUUCUUGGAAAUUGAAACAACCGAAGAGACAAGUAGCGGUUGGAUGCUAUUGUCAACAUUAAAUUUAUUAGCAAAUGGUGAUGUGUCUUUGAUACAGGUUAUGACAGCCGCUGCCGUGCCCUCCACAUUGGUUAAGUGUCUCUAUCUCUUCUUUGAUCUGCCCGCAGUAGAGGAUGAUUCACCCUGCGAGACACCCAGUGAUUUUAAUGCAUUCGAACGUCGUACACUGUUGCAAAAAGUGUUCGUGCAACUUUUAGUGAAAUUAUGUUCGUAUCCUUAUCCAGCCGAAGAACUGGCGAGAAUGGAUGAUUUGACAUUGCUGUUCUCGGCCAUAACCUCACCUUGCCCAACACACAAUAUAGUGUGGCGUAAAAAUGCCGCUGAAAUAUUAACCACCAUAUCGCGACAUGGUCUAACCGAUGCUGUAGUCAGUUAUAUACAUUCCAAAGGCUGUAUGGCUUUAUGUGUGGAUAAUAUGCGUCGCUUAACAUUUGGCAAUCCCUUGGAAAUAGUGGAAAUGUUUGUUACCGUAUUUUGUUUUUUGAAAGAUUCUAGUCAGGUAUCGCAAAUAUUAUUGGAUGAUUUUAAAGCUUCGCAGGGUUAUAUAUUCUUAAGCGAUUUUUUGCUCAAAUUUGAUACAUCACGCACUCAAUCCAUUGAGGUGCAGGCUGCCAUACGCAAUCUGGUCUUAAUGAUUUCAUCGCUUUGCAUGUGCGGUUUUAAUGAAUUGCGACCGCCACAAGCUCAAAUUAAUGCUCUCUUUAAAAUGCAAAAUUUCCAAAUGCCUCAAGCCUCCUCCCGAGAAACUUGCGUACGCAACAUUUAUGCCUUUCAGGUCUUGCAAACUGUUUUCCUGAAAGCCACCUCUACAUCAUUGUGUUGCACCAUUUUGGAUGCCAUAUCGCGCGUAUAUCAUUCGGAAAAUGCCAACUAUUUCAUUUUGGAAUCGGAAAAUACUCUUAGUCAAUUUACGGAAAGAAUCCAUUUGAAAGGCUCCCAAAUCCAAGAGAAAUUCUUUGAUCUAUUGGAAUUCAUUGUAUUCCAAUUGAAUUUUGUGCCCUGUAAAGAAUUGAUUUCACUGUCGUUGCUGUUGAAAAAUAAUCACUCGACUAGCUGCAGUAUAUUGUGUUUGAAAACUCUAUUGAAUAUAUUAAGGCAUAAUAAUGUGUUUAAGGAUGUCUAUCGGGAGGUGGGCAUAUUGGAAGUGUUUGUUACGUGUCUUAAUCGUUAUAGUGAACAUGUUAGAAAAAUUACCAAAGAUGAUGAAAGUGCUGUACUGGAAACGGAACAGGAACAGGAAGAUUUGUCCGAUGGCAUGGGUAAACAUGUGUUGGAGGCUUUAACCAUACUGCUUAGUGGGAAUAACAAUAAUGCCAACGUUUUUAGGGAGUGUGGCGGUGCCAAAUGUAUACACGAUUUGGUGAAAUUUAAACAUUGUCGUCCCCAAGCUUUGGGUAUAAUAAGAGAGCUGAUUCUGUCCGCCGGGGGAGAUGAUGAUAUGCUGUUUAUACUUUCCGUUAUGCAUGCUGUGCCUCCAUAUCAGGUGGAGUUUAAAAUACAAAUACUCAAUAUGCUUUUAGGUUGCCUUAAAGAUUCUCAUCGUACUCGUACCGUUUUUCGAAAAGUGGGAGGUUUUGUCUAUUUGACCAGUGUGUUUGUGUCAUUGGAUGGCAAACUGUGUGAUGAGAAUUUGUCAUCGGAAGAAGAAGGUGCGGAAGACCAGCUAAUACCCCAAGAUGAUUUGGUAUUGUUGCUGCAAAUGGUUUGCCAAACAUUGGCCACUGCUAUGCGUUUUGAACCGGCAAAUGCCAAGUUCUUUCAUCAGGAAAUUUGCACCGCUUCAUUGUGUGAUACUUUAAGAUUAUUGGGCUGUUUUGGCAAUCACAUGGAACUUCCAGAAUUUAAAGGCUUCUAUAAGUCCGAUGUGGUUACACAGAAAUAUUAUCAUGAUGUGUUUUCAGGUGAUAUUUUAAAUUACAGUUUUAAUAACUCCAUACCCCGUUCAUUAUCCUAUGUGUGUGUCGUGUAUCGUCUUUUGUACAGUAUUGCUUUGGAUAAUUUUGAAUCUCCCAACUUGAAUAACAUUAUAACUCUCUUCAACGAUCAACAUAAUCGUUCACCAACCAAAGAAUUGGCCAUAACGCCUGCUCAUCCCAAUCAAUUAAAUCUCACACAACCCACACCCGAACCCAGAAUUGUUCAUCCUGGGGUAGUGUUGUGCAUGCUGCAGCUUUUACCUAGUGUUACCCAUCAAGAACAGCAUACCUUGGGCAUAAAUCUGCAAGUUUAUCUCAGUGAAAUUAUAAAAUCUCUGGUACGCAGUGAACGCAAUCAACAGAUAAUGUGUGACUAUGGUUUGGCCGGUCAGCUAUUGAAUAUUUCUCGAAAAGCCUUAUCUGAAGAAAUCAAUCCGUUACAUGUACCCAUGCAAUAUAUAUUGGAAAGACUGGCUGCCCAAGCUUUACAACCUACCGAAUUGAGAGAAUUUCUACGUCUAGGCGAACCUUUAUCCUGCUCUGACAUUGAUUUGUGCAAACCCUACAAAAUGGGUGGUCCCGUACCCUUGACACGCAUCAAGACCUUAGUAUCCAUGACAACACCCAGAGAUUUUCGCGCACAUGGUUCUAGCACAUUACCACCAUUCGUGGAAAUGGAUAUGUCAGCCGAAGGCUUUGGCUGUUUGUAUUUACCAUCAUUGGCUCCCCAGGCCACUGCCACGGCAGGUGGUACUAUAGAUUCGAAUACUAUUGGUGGCAUAGGUUCAGGCGAUCGUAUCUUUCCACCACAAACUGGUUUAUCUUUUUCAACAUGGUUUUGUGUGGAGAAAUUUUCCGAUCCCAAAUCAGAUCCACAUUGUGUAAGACUGCUGACAUUGGUGAGAACAAUACACAAUCCCAGAGAGGAGAAUUUGGUGUGUCUAUCGAUAUUGCUGUCGGCCAGAGAUAAGGCUAUUGUGGUGUCAACACAGGAAACAUUGGUGACUCCAAGUAAGAGUCUCGGCGAUUGGGAACCUGAAGGAUCCGAUGACAAUAGCGCCCGCAUUUGGUGUCCCGAUCUAUUGCACGAAGGACAAUGGCAUCAUUUGGUGGUGGUGCUUAAUCGAGCUGUGCUCAAAAAUUCCAGCCUUCAGUUGUAUCUUGACGGCGCACCUUUGCAUUCCCAAAAACUGCACUACAUUUCACAAAAUCCAGGAGCUGGUUCGGCCAAUUUACCCGUUGCUACUUCGGUAUUUGGUUAUGUAGGCACACCGCCCAUAUGGCGACGUUAUUCUAGACUGUGCUGGAAACAAGGUGUAUGUCAUCUACUGGAAGAUGUAGUCAAUCAACAAACUGUACAGACAAUCUACAAUUUGGGACCACAUUAUAUGGGUUCUUUGCAAGCUCCGCAGUUGGGUAAAAAAGUAGAACCUUUGGGUCCUUUGGUGGCGGAAGAAAAGGUGUUGUUGGGCUUAAAUGCCAAAGCUGUAUCGCAGUUGACGUUGGUGAAGAUCAGAAAGGUGUACAGCAGAGCGGAUAAUAAGUCUAUAGCCAAGCAAUUGGGCAUGAAUUCGCAUGAGAAUGCCACGCCUAUAAAAAUCUUGCAUAAUUCGGCUGGCCAUUUGGCAGGAGCUGGUCGCACUUUGGGCGGUGUGGUGGUGGGUUACUUGGGCGUACGAGUUUUUAGUCCUCAUCCGGUAUCAGCCAUGAUUGAUACUGUUGGUGGCUGUAAUGUUUUACUGGGCAUUAUAGCCAUGGCCCAAGAUGUGGAAUCCUUGUAUGCCGGUGUUAAAGCCUUAACUUGUGUAGUGCGCAGUAAUCGUGCUGCCCAAAGUGAAAUGGAUCGUAAACGCUGCUAUCAAACGCUGGGCAUGUUUUUCAAAAAGAAAAAGAACUUACUUAACUCGCAUAUAUUACAUCUCACUUUCGGUUUAGUGGGCACUGUCAAUUCCGGUCAAGAUAUGACCGCUAUACCCAAUGUUACAGCUUUUCAAGAUCUAUUAUGUGAUUUGGAUAUCUGGCACAAUGCUCCCAAUGGUUUAUUGAGAUCUCUGCUCGAACAUUUGCUGGAACUGGCUGUGGAAUCCAAUGAAAAGAAACAAAAUGUUAAGAUAAUGCGGGAACUGCAACUACUCAAUAAAUUAUUAUUUAUAAUAGUCGAUAUACAGGAUCAUUCGACCAGGGAGAUACUUUUUAAUCUAGUUGAAGCUUUACUGGGUGGUCAACCACGCCACUCCGACCUGCUGCUGUUCGGUCAGUACUGUGCUUCCAAAUUACCCAAGGCAGAACAGAUCGAAAAGUCUUUGAUUUUGCCCUCGAUGAAACCCACCCCGAAUCCUUCCAAUUCAGCUGCUACUGCCGAAUACGAUACGACUGCUCAAAAUAUUUAUCUACGUAAUCGUUGUCUUUCUCUCUUACACGGCCUCCUAUUUACCUCACGCAACACCGUCAAUUAUAUUAUAUGCGAUGAUAUUUCUAAGACUUUGGGCAUGGAUUGGCUUUUGCUAUUUAUGCAACCGCACGUGCACUUUACCACCGUCAUCAUAGCCGUUCGAAUUCUGGUGGUGGUUUGUGCCAAUGAGAGUUUUUUGGUUCGUUUCCGUGAUAGCACCCAUAAUGGGGGUUAUUUGAGAUUUACCGAAAUGGUAUCGCAAAAGAAAACCAUGGGUAUUGGAGCCCAGCAGUUGAGUAAUCGGCCACCGAGUGGCUCGGGUACGGUGAUUGUGUCAUCUUCAAAUGUUUUGCAGCAUCUGCCCACACAUAUAGCGGGUGAGGUGAGAACUGCGGCUCUAAAUAUUCCAGGCUUCCAAGUGUUAGAAUGGCUGUUGCAGUACCAUUUGGAUGUUCCGGAACUUUACUUCCUGAUAACCGCCUUAAUAAUGGGCCAGCCCGUGAAACUAUUGGCUACUGAACACACCAAAUUCGACUUAGAUCGUGUAUGGUCUUUUCUCUGGGGAGCUCCUGUAUCGGCCAAUACCAAUAUACCCAAAAUGAAUAUAUGCCCCGAAGCUGUGUGCGUUUUAUUGGGCAUGGUUAGAGCCAUAGUACAUGGCGGAGAAUUGGCGCCUUGGCUAACCAGUCAUCCUGAGACUAUUAUACAACUGUUAUUUAGUCUUUAUCAAAAUCUCACCGAUUUUAUGCCCGUAAUGAUGACCGGUGAUGUUAUAUCCUCUUUGGUGGCUGUGCUGUUUCCCAAUAAUAAAGAAGAUACUAUAGAAUCGGAACCCAAUAGUGGCAAUUCCUCGCCGGUAGAGGAGACUACUGGUUGUUUCCUCUUAAAUGCAACAGUAAACAUCCAACAGGCUGUCACCAAAUUAACAAAUCAUCCUGUGCGUAAAUGUAUUAUAGAUUUCUUGCGUGUUAUAGUGGUAGAUUCCUUAAGUUUGAACAUGCAUGGCAAGUCCACACCCGUCAUUGACUUGGUGUUAGAUGCCUCACCCGAUAAUUCUGAGAUUUCGUUGCAAAUUGAAUAUCAAACUGAGAUUAUUAGCGCUUUAAUGGAUCAUUUGUUGGCGGCUGAUAUUUUAUUGGGCGAACAGGCUGCUCUCUCUUUGGUGCCGCUGACCCAGAGUCAUACCCAACAUAUAGCACCAAAUGUUUUCUAUUUUACCGCUCGUGUGGUAGACAAAAUGUGGCAGGGUUGUUUGACCCGCAAUCCCCAUGAGAUAUUUGAUUUUAUUAUUAAAUUAAUAGCACAAGCAAAACGUAGAUCUUCAUCUAUAUCGCUGGAACAAUUGCAUCAUUCUUUGAAUCGCACCAUAUUGUAUUUGUUGUCACGGCCCACAGAGGCCAUUACAGAACAAAUGAGUGUUUUGGAGGCUUUACACAAAAUCAUAACGCAUAGAUUGUUGAUAUUUGGUGCCGGCAAUCAUGAGCUGGAAUUUAUCGGCUGUUUAACCUAUUGUUUGUUGCAAUUGACUUCAGAUAUGAAAAUCAUAUUGGAGCCCUCAACCACGCGCAACACCACCUGGCAUGUAAAUCCGCAGGCGGAUAUAAUAGAGCCCAAAGAUGAGGAUUUAAAUCAAUUACAGGGUCGCAAUUUAAUUGUGGGAGCUGCCUUCCGCGUUUGGGAAGAGUUAUAUGUUUGUAAAAAGCCCGCCAUUGAGGAGGUUUUCAAAGUAAGUCUAUGCCCUCCGCCGGCAAAUUCAAAGGCCCCGGAUUUGCAGACAACCCGUGAACAGGUCAUGGAAUUGGCCUCAAAAUUGUGGUUUAAUUAUGUGGAUGCUGAACGUAAAGCCUCCUAUCGUAUACCCUGGGAGAUACACAAUCAAAUACAAUCUAAGAUACAAAAAGUUACUGGCGGUCUGACGCGCUUAGCCAGUCGCAGCAAAGUGAAAAAGGAUGAGUUAGUGCGCACAAAAUCGAAUAUGAGUAAAGAGCAUGCAUUUGAAUGUACCGGCAUACAUGUGCAGUUGAUAAAGGACCUUUGGGAGUUACGUUGCAAACAAUAUCUGCAAAUGUUGCAGCACACUCAGCGCUAUGUUCAUCAGGAUUGGCUACAAUCUGAAACAGAAUUGACACGAGAACGUGGCCUUUGGGGACCCGAGGGUAUAUCCACGCUCGACAAAUGGAUACUCGAUACCACCGAAGGUCCACAUCGCAUGCGCAAGAAAACAAUGCGCAAUGAACUUUUCUAUCUACACUAUCCCUAUCGCCCCGAGAACGAUCAUCGCACAGACGCACGUCAAUUAAAGGCCAAUAAAGUGGCCUCCAGUUUUGAUAGUAAAAUCUAUUACACCCAUUGUCAACAGCCACCACGUAUUCUCUGCGAAACUGAUGCCGCCUCGCAACAUCAGUUAUUGCAUCAACAACAUUCCGUAGAUGCCAAUAUGCUUAAGCAGCCACAUCCCCAAUUGCAUCAAUCGUCGAAAAGUGAACCGGGUGGUUCGGCCAAUACACCACCAUCCUCACCCCAUGAAAAUCGCUUGGCACACGCACAAGAAUCAGUCGAUGGCACCAUUCAAGAUGACGAUGAAGAAGAUGAGGAAAUGACCAAUAUUGCGGAUAAUGAAACGUUCCUGAGAUUGUUGGAGGAACAAGAGAAAAUCUCAUUUAUGUUUAGAUGUGCUCGUAUUCAAGGUCUCGAUACCUUUGAGGGUCUUUUGCUGUUUGGCAAAGAGCACUGUUAUAUAGUCGAUGGUUUUACUCUGUUAAAGAAUAGAGAAAUUAAGGAUAUUGAUACCUUACCGCCAGGAGCCUAUGAACCAAUUAUACCCAACUCGGGCGGCACAACGCGUCAAUGUAAAAUACGCCAAUGUUCGAAAUUUGGCUAUGAGGAAAUUCGUGAGGUUCACAAGCGGCGUUAUUUGUUGCAACCCAUAGCUUUGGAGGUUUUCUCAGAGGAUGGCCGCAACUAUUUGUUGAGUUUUCCGCGUAAGGUGCGCAAUAAGGUGUAUCAACGUUUUAUGGCUCAUGCUACGGCCAUUAAUGAUAAUGCCCAACAAUCGGUGGCCGGCCAGAAGAGGACGGCAAGUGUGGAACAAACUUCGGGUAUAUUUAGUAGUUUGAUUGGUGAAACGUCCGUAACACAAAGAUGGGUGCGUGGUGAAAUUUCUAACUUCCAAUAUUUAAUGCAUUUAAAUACUCUGGCUGGUCGUUCCUACAAUGAUCUCAUGCAAUAUCCAGUUUUUCCCUGGAUUUUGGCAGACUAUGAUUCCGAAGAAUUGGACUUUAAUAGUCCAAAAACAUUCCGUGACUUCUCAAAACCAAUGGGAGCACAAUCCGAAGAACGUUUAGAACAAUUUCAAAAAAGAUUUAAGGAAUGGGAUGAUCCUCAGGGUGAAACACCGCCCUAUCACUAUGGCACUCACUAUAGUUCGGCUAUGAUUGUGUGUUCAUAUCUGGUGCGUUUGGAGCCCUUCAGUCAACAUUUUUUGCGUUUGCAAGGUGGUCAUUUUGAUUUGGCUGAUCGCAUGUUCCACAGCAUAAAAGAAGCCUGGCUAUCGGCUUCGAAAUUCAAUAUGGCUGAUGUUAAGGAGUUGAUACCUGAAUUUUUCUACCUCCCCGAAUUUGUAACAAAUUCAAAUAAUUUUGAUUUGGGUACCAAACAAAAUGGUGAAACUUUAAAUAAUGUUAUAUUGCCGCCCUGGGCCAAACAAGACCCAAGAGAGUUUAUAAGGCUACAUCGCAGUGCCUUGGAGUGUGAUUAUGUUAGUCAAAAUUUACAUUUGUGGAUCGAUUUAAUAUUUGGCCACAAACAGCAAGGUCCUGCCGCGGUAGAAGCUAUUAAUGUUUUCCAUCAUCUUUUCUAUGAGGGCAAUGUGGAUAUUUACAACAUUGAUGAUCCUUUAAAGAAGAAUGCCACUAUUGGUUUCAUUAACAACUUUGGCCAGAUUCCUAAACAAUUGUUUAAGAAACCCCAUCCCGCCAAGAAAAUGUCUGGCAAUAGACAUUCAACACUAAUUGAUCCUAGCGCUUUAAUACAAGGCAACACUACUGUUUUACAAUCCGAUCGUUUGUUCUUCCAUAAUUUGGAUAAUCUCAAGCCCAGUUUACAGCCUAUUAAGGAACUGAAAGGACCUGUGGGCCAGAUAUUGCAACCGGAUAAGACUGUUUUUGCUGUGGAACAAAAUAAGGUCAUGAUGCCACCAUCAUAUACAAAAUACAUAGCUUGGGGUUUCGCCGAUCACUCUCUGCGUGUUGGCCUUUAUGAUACUGAUCGCGCGUCGUUUGUGUCCGAAGCAGCCGCCCAAAACUCUGGAGAAAUUUUAACCUGUGCUUGUCCCAACUCCAAGAUGAUUAUCACAGCUGGAACAAGUUCUGUUAUAACGGUAUGGAAAUUUGAUGCGAAUCGUAAAAGUCUGACGGUACGUCAUUCUCUACACGGCCAUACAGAUGCGGUAACCUGUUUGGCGGCUAGUGCAGCUUACAAUGUUAUAGUAUCAGGUUCUAGAGAUGGCACGGCCAUAGUAUGGGAUAUGGCACGAUUUACAUUUGUGCGGCAACUGAGGGGACAUGUGGGUGUAGUGGCAGCAGUGGCUAUAAAUGAAUUGACAGGAGAUAUAGCCACCUGUUCGGCCACUUGGUUGCAUGUUUGGUCAAUAAAUGGGGAUCCCCUGGCCACCGUUAAUACCUGUGUGGGUAGUGCGGAUAGAAUGCAACAGAUAUUGUGUGUAGCCUACUCGCAGAUACGUGAAUGGGAUCAGCAAAAUGUCGUGAUCACAGGUUCUACAGAUGGUGUAGUAAGGAUGUGGUCUUUGGAAUAUGUUCAAGUGCCCAUUGAACGUAAACUCAAAAGAUGCGCUGAGAUUAAAUCACAAGAAAAUCCUGAUGCCCAAUCGGAUAAGGAGGAAGAAGAAUUGAAAAAUGGCGAACAUACUAAAAAAAUCGAUAUAAUAAAACAAAUGCAAGGCAUAUCAUCGCAUGAUGAAAAUGAAAUCCAUAAAUCAGCUUCCGAGUCAAGUAUAUCAGAUGCCUCUAAUCAUUCAAACAAUUCCACACAAUCUGACAAACCCAAAAAAGAAUGUGAGCCACCGGUAACAUCGGAAAGACGUAAAAGUUCAUUUUCGGGAGCAAAAUCUUUGCAUGAAAUUAAAUCAUCUACCGUAGAUCAUACAAAUUCCCUGAAAAAUAAUGAAGAAGAAGAACGUGCUACUAUACGACCUAGUAAAUCAGAUACCAGUCUCACGGAUGGUUUUGUCAUGAUUGACAGUCAUAAAGGGGAACAUUGUUUAAAGAAGGGUUUUAAAUGGCAACGUCAAUUAAUGUUUAGAUCCAAACUUACCAUGCAUACAGCAUACGAUCGUAAGGAUAAUGCUGAACCUGCUAGUAUAACAGCUUUAACCGUAUCAAAAGAUCAUAAAAUUUUAUAUGUGGGUGAUGCCCGCGGUCGCAUUUAUUCUUGGUGUGUCACUGAACAGCCAGGACGGGGUGUGGCGGAUCAUUGGCUAAAGGAUGAAGGAGCCGAUCAAUGUGUUAAGUGUCAUGUUAAAUUUAACUUGUACGAACGCAAACAUCAUUGUCGCAAUUGCGGUCAGGUGUUCUGUAAUAAAUGCAGUCGUUUCGAAUCGGAAAUAUCACGACUACGCAUCAUUAAACCGGUAAGAGUGUGUCAGGCCUGCUUUGGACACUUAAGAGCAAACUCGGUAGACAAUUAAUACAUAUUAAGAGAUCUUUUUUAAGAGUAUUUAACAUACAACAUGCAACAAAAUACAUACAUAGUAAUUGAAAAGAGUAAAAGUACCUUUUUAAAACAAAACAUACACAUAAAUAUAAAUAAGAGAUCAAAGAAACAGAAAAAAUUAAACCAAAUUAUUAAAAUUAAAAAUAAAUCAAUAAUAAUUAACAAUAAGGUAUACAUAAAUAUUAAAAAUAGAACAAAAAUACUUUAAACAUCACAUCCCCUUUAAAAGAAAAAACCCUAAACAAAACCCCGCCCGCCCCUACUCUACUCUACAUAAAGUGUAUAUUAUAAAAUAGUAAAUAUUUCAUAUGGAUUUUUGUUAAUAAUUUUAUAUAUGAAAGAAACGAAAAUAAUUUUAGUUUAGUUUUUGUAUUGUAUAAUUUUUAAUAUUGUUUUUUUUUUGUUUUUUUAAUUUAACUUGUUAUUUAUAAUUUAUGUAAUUUAUUUUAAACAUAUAAUAAUAUUUAUAAAGAAAAGGCUGUUUCAUUUUUUAAUUUUCGGGCAAAGAAUUGUGUAAAAAGAAAUUGUUUUACAAAACGAAUUAUUUUAAUGAUCUUUUUUUAAAAAAUGACAUUUUAUUUAAAAGGUCUUUUUAUUUAAAAUUACUAUCCAUAUACAUAUAUUUAAAGGGUUAGUUUUGCAUGAUAAAGAGAUACCCUUUUAGCUUUAAUUAUUACUACAUUUCUUUUUAUAGUUUAGUUAAUUUUAUUUAUUAUUACAUUUAUUGUAAAUUUAUGUUUGUUUUUUUUUAAAUGUUUUUAUUUAUUUAACUAUUUUAUAUUCGAUUACAAAGAAAAACUAUUAAAUAUACGUAUUCCCAUUUAAAUUAUAAAAAAAAAUAAAAAUAAUUUAUUAAGACAAGCUGAACCAAACAAAAUCGCUAAAAAACAA